UCCAAGAGAUCAAGAGACGGCAAUUCCAAGAUUCAGCCAGGAGUGAGCAAACAGGUCGCUCUCUCGACACGACGUUGUCGAGAAUCUGCCGAGACAAAGUGAGAGGCAGAGUUUGCUACGUUUGAACUUUUUAAAGUUAGGCUAAAGCUGAAGUAUUGUGACAUUACUCAACAUCCCAGCAAAUUCCACGAAGCGGCACCUUUGAGCUCUACAGUUCUACAGUACAGUGAUGGACGAAACCAUAAAGAUAUGCAUUCAGGACAUCAAUCCUCAUGUUGUGUGUUCCCUUUGUCGAGGGUAUUUUAUAGAUGCGACCACCAUCACAGAAUGCCUACACACAUUUUGCAAGAGCUGCAUAGUAAAGUAUCUGAUGAGUUGCAAACACUGCCCUCAAUGCAAGCUCAAGGUUCAUGAAACGCAUCCACUUUUCCUGCUUCGGCCAGACAGAACAUUGCAAGACAUUGUGUACAAGCUGAUUCCAAACCUCUUUGAAAAUGAGGAACUUCGUCGGGAGGAAUUCAAUAAAUCUAGAGGCAUGGCAGUAGAUAAAAAACCUGGAACAAGAGCAGAGGAACCCGUCACUCCAAAGUUGUCUAGUGUAAUUAACAAUCCAGAUGGUCACCUUUACAAAAAUGAUGAACAAAUAUGUCUCUGUUUGGAGCGAUACAGGUCUCAGCGAAUCAUGCACAGAGGAAAAGUCCUGGCCCUGCGACCUCUGGACAGGAAGUUCUUGAGAUGUUCUAUAAGAGUGCUCGUGUCACAUCUGAAAGCUAUGCUCUACAAAAAGCUUCUAAUUCCACCUGAAGUUCAGGUGGAAGUGAUCUGUGAUCGGGAAGUGUUAUCAGAUGAGGUGUCCAUGAAACAAAUCUUCUUAAUGAACUGGUUUGGGAAGGAAACGCCAAUGGUCUUGUUUUACAGAUUUCGUGAAACUCCUGGCAACAGUGUCACGUGAUUUUUCAAGUACAGGAACACAAAAAAAUUAUGUUAUUGACUCUUGGUUUGAAUGUUCAUUUUCUUCAAAACACUGUAGAAUUUAAGAUACCACCAGGCCACGUAAGUAAAACUUUUUUAAUGCAAAGUGAAUUUCUUGUCAUCCAUGAAAAUAUUUUAUGAACAAAGCUAGCCAGGUCUUAAUUAUCUCUUUAACGAUAAAAUAGAAUAUGAAAACUGUGAAUAGCUUGCAAGAAUCACUCGUUUGACUGAGUGAUAACACAAUAGAUAACGUGUCAUGUUUUGAAUGAAUGGGGGGACUGGAAUGUGUACUGCAGUGCUUUCAUUGCGAUUGGUAUUUUCAGUUUUGUGCACAAUGCUAAACUUGCCAUUUAUUUUUCCUCUUGUGUAUAGCCGAAAUGAAGAAAACAGUUUUCGUAGAAUUGUCUCUGGCUAAAUGCCCUUUGGACUUGUGAUAUGAAUGCUUCAGUGCUGUAAUUACAGCUGAGAGGCUGCUCAUAGAAUGUGUUAUAAAACUGCACAGUGAAAAUAACAUUUGCAUUGGCAGACAGCAAUAGAUUAGUUUAAUCUAAGCAAAGAUCAGAAAAGAAGGUUAUCUUCUGAAUCCUGUGUUUUGCCUGUGUAGGGGUUUUUCUUCUAUGAUUUUGAAAAUACUACGCUGCAUGAGUUGUACGAUGAGAUGCAUAAGGCUGUCUUCAGGUCACACACAUAAGAAAUAUUGGUUUUUGUUGAUGUUUCAAACUGCUAACCCACUGUAUUCUCUCACUGGCACAAUAUAAUCCAUCUGCAUACAUAUCUGGUUACUCCAAUAUAUAGAAACUAGUUAUUAUUGAGCUGCUCCCGAGUUGCCUUGAUGUCAGCAGCUGUGUGCUAUAUCCGAAAGCAGUUAUUGAUUCAGAGUGCCACUUUGCAUGUCGGACAAUAAAAUCUGGUCUGUGCCCGAACCUUUACUUCAGUACACACUUUGCACACCUGGCCGUGCUUUUUGUCCUCAAACUGUGAGGGGGAAAUGUCCCAUGGCAGCAGCAGAGUCUAUCAGGGGCAGCAUUUUGGCGAAAGCAAUUGGCGGCUUGCCGUGCCAUGUGGGACUGAAUGGGGGCAAUGACAAUCUCUUUGCAAAAUUCCUUCACAGUACCCUUGUGUCCAUCCUGUCCAUAAAGAAUAUGGGCAGUGGUCGGGAAUUGCGGUCCGGGGAUUUGCUUACCUUACAGCGCUUGAACCAUCGCAAGUGGAAGUAGAAUAGAACUAAACGUGGACGAAAUUCGACAAAAAAAGUACAUAACUUCGCAACCAGUAAAGAUAUCUUUAUGUUUGUUGCAUCGAUUGAAAGGUUAUUAUGUCUACUUUCAUAUGAAAGAAUCAGAGAAAGUUUAGUCUCUUAAAUCUCUUUAAUAGGGUCUGAAGAUUAAGACUGGGGUCAAUUUUCAUGGGUCCGAAAAUGGAUGAAUACGAAAAUAAAUGAUGAUAUUUCAACAAGGAAUAAUCCGAAAAGCAUAUGUUAUGUAUCAUUUUGAUCGUCUUAUUCAACACAUUCUUAAAAGAGGAUAUGAGAAGAGAAUAACACAGUUUCAACUGCAAAAGAAAAAGAGAAAA